AUGCAUGGACGACGUGGCCUUUGGGUAAUCAAUGGUGCUCAAAAAAAGAAAAAAGCCGAAGAGACUACUCACAUGUCAUCAUCAUCGGGAGGGGUUGUCCCCGGCGACGUGACUGCUCCGAAUCCACUUCAUAACACCAGCAAAUAUAAAGUAUAUGUACAAGCCGUAGACAGAGCUCUAAAGACAUUUGAGAAUCCCAAUGAAUGGGCGGACCUAAUAUCAGCUCUUGCUAAGUUGACUAAGGUAUGUAUAUAUCUCUAUUUUUGCUAUUAGAG